CACAUCAACCCUUCCAAAAACGCAGAACCCUUCUUCGAAUCCUCGAAAUCGUCCCACGUAUUGGAUUCGAAGCUACAUACAGUCCUCCGACCAUGAAGAUAUUGAAAAUGGUGUCAGCCAUGGAUCUGGUAGCAUGGAGAGGCUUCGUAUACACUAUAUUCAUACUCCACUUCGUCUUCGCUUGCCAACUCCUUCUGCUCCAACCUCUCGUUUCUGCCCUAGAUGGAAAAUCUGGUGAUACAGCUGAAUUGUUUGAGAGAGUUUCACAUAGUAUCAAAGUUAAACAUUAUAGUGAGGCAAUCAACGAUCUUAAUGCUGCCAUAGAGGCUGAUCCUUCACUUUCAGAAGCAUAUUGGCGUAGGGCUUCUGUUCUUCGUCAGUUGUGCAGAUAUGAGGAAUCCGAGAAGAGCUACAAGAAGUUUCUUGAAAUGAAACCUGGAAAUUCAGUUGUUGAAAAGGAGCUUUCACAAAUGCAUCAAGCACAAAGUGCUUUAGAUACAGCCAACAACCUCUUUGAUUCAGGCGAUUAUACAAAAGCUUUGGAUUUCAUUGAUAAAGUUGUUCUUAUUUUUUCUCCAGCAUGCUCACAGGCUAAAUUACUAAAGGUGAAGUUAUUACUAGCUGCUAAGGACUAUGCAGGGGUAAUUUCGGAAGCAGGAUAUAUACUUAAAGAGGAUGAGGAUAAUCUACAGGCAUUACUCCUCCGUGGUCGCGCCUAUUACUAUUUAGCUGAUCAUGAUGUAGCUACAAGGCAUUACCAGAAAGGGCUUCGCCUAGAUCCAGAGCAUACUGAAUUAAAAAAAGCAUAUUUUGGGUUAAAGAAUUUACUUAAAAAGACCAAAAGUGCAGAAGAGAAUGAAAAGAAGGGUAAGCUGCGUGUAGCUGUGGAAGAUUACAAAUCUGCCCUUGCAUUAGACCCUGACCACGUGGCACAUAAUCUACAUCUUCAUUUUGGGUUGUGUAAGCUUUUGGUAAGGCUUGGUAGAGGAAAAGACGCCCUAAAUGCUUGCACAGAAGUCUUAACCAUUGAUGAAGAACAUGUUGAAGCUUUGGUUCAGAGGGGUGAAGCUAAAUUACUGACAGAAGAUUGGGAAGGAGCUGUUGCAGAUAUAAAAUCCGCUGCAGAAAAAUCUCCUCAGGAUAUGAGCAUUCGAGAGGCACUUAUGAAGGCUGAAAAGGCAUUGAAAUUAAGUCAACGGAAGGAUUGGUAUAAAAUUUUGGGUGUUUCAAAAACUUCAUCAAUAUCAGAAAUAAAACGAGCUUAUAAAAAAUUAGCAUUACAAUGGCAUCCGGAUAAAAAUGUUGACAAUAGAGAAGAAGCAGAGAAUAAAUUCAGAGAAAUAGCGGCUGCAUACGAGGUUCUUGGUGAUGAUGACAAGCGUGCAAAAUAUGAUAGUGGUGAAGAUAUUGAAGAGGGUAUGGGUGGCGGCGGUGGUGGUGGUUUUAACCCCUUUGGUGCAGGCGGUUUUGGUGGCGGCGGUGGUGGUGGUGGUGGUUACACAUUUCAUUUUGAAGGUGGUUUUCCUGGCGGCGGUUAUGGUGGUUUUCACAUGUGA